AUUUUGUUUGUUUUCCCGCUCAUUUAUCUAUGAUUCCGCUCAACAACCAAUAAGGGUACUGAAAAUGGGAUUGAAGUUAGUUGCAACCAAAACUUGAUACAGUUGUACAGAGCUCGCUCGUUAUAUCCAUUCAUUACUAUAAGAAUAUGUGGUUGAUGAUUGCAGAAAAUCAUCUCAAUCAAGGACCAUGGCUGGCGAAUUUUUUCUUCUUUGUAACUACACUGGUCGUCAUAUUUGACGCAAAAAUUUAUCCGGAGGCGUUCAGGAUUCUCGGGUUCGUUCCCCUAUUAAUGUAUGAGUUUGUUCUUGUUAAAUUGAUCGUCGAAGUGACGGAGAGCUUAAUAUGGGGCUCCAUAGUUCACUUCAGCUUCGACGUAUUACCCGAUCUCCUGGACAUGAUACCCCUUGCAGACGAAAUUUGUAUAUCUCAAGUGCUAUAUGGUGGACGUUGCGUGCGGCGGAUAUAUGACGUUCUGGGAGGAUCAACUUUGUCGGACACCAUCGUCUAUUUAAUGGUCUUAUUAUACUUCCUACUUGGACUGGUAUUACGAGCUUAUGCAUCGGGAAUUCUCAACAAAGCACGAGUCGCUGUUUGGCCUAUCAUAAGAGCCGCGAAUAAAAUCAUUUUGGCGCCCAUCAAUUGGAUUAGCGAUGUUUGGGCCUCUAGAAGAUAAUAAC